AUGAUAUAGAAGAUUUAGCCACGACGAAAAUACAAGACCUAGCAAUUGGGUUUGUUAUAUAGGUUUUGACACGUAUGAACACAGCCUACUUCAUAAUCAAUUUUGAUUCGGUUUCCCUUUUCUCUUUGUGGCGUCAGAGCGUUUUUCUCAAUUCCCUUGCUCCCCAAGCAAUUUGGAGACACAAAUUCUUCAAUAAAAGCUGCGAUCAAAAGGAUUAAGAUCCUAUUGGUCAAAGUUUUGAAUUGAAGGGACAUGGUAAAGAAGAACGAAUCGAUUCAGUAUGAACACGAUAAUUUGUUUACGGACUCCGAUCAAUCUCCAAGGAAUGCUAUACAUGAAUAUGAACUUGAGUUGAUGUCUGAAUCUUCAAGAAUGACAGAACCCAUUAAACCUCCGCCGCAACAGCCUAUACCAACGAAGAUGAAUGACAAAUUAGGGCUUUGCGAAAGAGCGUUAUCCGCCGCUGGCGCCGCCUUCCUCUCCGCCAUUAUUGUUAACCCUCUUGAUGUGGCCAAAACAAGGCUGCAAGCACAGGCUGCUGGUGUAGCAUACUCACAUCCAAUGACUAAUCUUACGAGUCGAAUGGCCGUUUUUGGACCAAACAUGAUGUUUGCGGAUCUAAGAUGUUCUCCAUCAUGUACGCGUGCUGGAGUACAUGGUACAGUGUCCAUCUGUCCACCAGAUUGCUUUGAGUACAAAGGAACACUUGAUGUUUUCUAUAAAAUUAUUCGACAGGAGGGAUUUGCAAGAUUAUGGCGAGGCACCAAUGCUGGUCUUGCAUUGGCUAUACCAACUGUGGGAAUCUAUCUGCCUUGCUAUGACAUCUUCCGUAAUUGGUUUGAAGAGUUUGCAGCUGAAAAUGCUCCAAGCAUGACACCGUAUGCCCCUUUACUGGCUGGAUCAUUGUCACGUUCAUUGGCUUGCACUACCUGUUAUCCUAUAGAACUUGCUAGAACCCGUAUGCAGGCAUUUAAAGACUUCAACACUGGUAAAAAAGCUCCAGGAGUGUGGAAGAUGUUACUGGAUGUGAAGACAAAUGUGCAAAGCUAUCGCGCUCUUUGGACAGGUAGCCUUGCUGCAGCCGCCACCUGUCCGCUUGAUGUUGCAAAAACCAGAAGACAGAUAGAGAAGGAUCCUGUUAGAGCAUUAAGGAUGACAACAAGGCAGACUCUAAUGGAGGUUUGGAGGGAUGGGGGAAUGAGGGGACUAUUUACAGGGGUGGGCCCACGUGUGGGGCGUGCAGGGCCUUCUGUUGGAAUCGUGGUGUCGUUUUAUGAAGUUGUUAAACUUGAUCUCCAGCUUGAUGAUGAUGAUGAUGAUGAUGAUGAUGAUGAUGGAGGAGAAGAAUAA